AUGAACAUCUCCCACCACCAUGCGCACAUCUUCUACGACCUCACCCGCCGCUGCUUCGCGCUGGAGGUCAUCAAGAAGAAUGGCUACCUCGUGGAGGGGAUUGUCCACCUCCCCAGAAACCUUCUGGUCAAGUUCGAUUCACAGGAUCCGCUUCAGAUUGGGGAUAAAGAGUUUUACUUUGUGUUACGGAUAAGGAUUACUCUAGGUGGAUCUAUUGAGCCUAGGCAUUAUGCGAUGGCGGUCGGGGGAGGUGGUGCAAUUGGAAUUGGGAUAAGUUUGUUUUUUGAAUCAUAUGAUGGAGGAGGAGUUGCGAGAGUGGCCGUCGAUGGAGGAGUGGGAAUGGGGAAGGGAGCCGAUGGGGCUGAGGACGAGGGUGGACUAAAAAGAUCUAGUGGUCUUCUCUCUGUUGUGGGAGUCUCCGAAUGGGCUUUCUUGAACUUGAGGCUCGCGGCUCGGAGACUUGAACUUGCUGCGGCUAUCUUACUCGGAGAUUUGGAUUGCUUGGAAGAGACUUGCAGCGGCGGCGGAGGAGGACGAAGAGACUUGAAGGCUGGGUUCGAAUGUUCGACUAAGGGAUUGAAUUUGAAAUCUAGAGGGGGAUUGAAUCAUUUGUAUGGGAUUGAAGGCUGGGUAUGA